ACCUACUCCAUCAAAAUCGGACCGAAUUCUCAUCGAAUAAUACAAUUUGAGAUGGAAAAGAAAUGGUUUGGUUGCCAAAGAAUUUCUAAUCAGGUGACAAAUCAGCCUCUCCAGGUGGCAAAGAAUAUCACUUUUCCUCCUACUAGCAGCUUCUGCUACAAAAGCCUAGAAGAUGAAUUAAUGUACCCUUUUGGAAAAAGAAUGACUGAAAAUGUGAACCAAGAAUCUGCGGUUUUAAGAAGGCUUGCCUUGAGCACAAAGUAUCCACUUUACAACCCCACAGAACCAUCGGAAAACCACCAGCCUCGGCAAGAAAAGAACCAGAGUCUCCCAAAAUGCCAUAUAUAUAUACCCUUCUCCUUGCAACAAACACACAUACUCCUCUGCUUUACUGCUCAGUCUUUUCUUCAUCUGAACCUUUUAGAGUUCUCAAAACUCCCAAUCCUUCCCUCUUUCCACAGCCCUUUCUCUUUUCCUCUCUUGUUUCUUUCAUCACACACAAACCAAGAUGGCUAAUGGGGACAUGAAAAGUGUAGCUUCUUUGCUUUUGUUUCUCAAUUUCUGUAUGUAUGCCAUUAUUUUGGGCAUUGGUGGAUGGGCUAUGAAUAGAGCAAUCAAUUAUGGUUUUGUAAUUGGUCCUGAUUUCAGUCUUCCUGCACAUUUCUCACCCAUAUACUUCCCUAUGGGAAAUGCUGCCACUGGAUUCUUUGUGACCUUCGCUUUGCUAGCUGGAGUUGUUGGGGCAGCGUCAGCCAUUGUUGGUGUCAACCAUCUCCGCACAUGGACUGCUGACAGCUUGCCCUCCGCCGCCUCUGCUGGUGCCAUUGCUUGGACCCUUACUCUGCUUGCAAUGGGAUUUGCCUGCAAAGAAAUUGCGCGCGGACCCAGGAAUUCCUGUCUGAGAACAAUGGAGGCAUUCUUGCUUAUCCUCUCGGCUACCCAACUUUUCUACAUAGCAGCUAUUCAUGGAGUUGGAUCCAUAACCAGGAGAGGUUGAAUGUAGAGAACAACAAUGAAGAGUUGUGUCUUCAUUAUUAUUAUUAUUAUUAUUAUUAUUAUUUUUGCUUUUCUUUUUGUGUACUGAGAUUACAAACAAAGCCAGGAAACUGGCAGAUUGUGGUGUGUUUCUUCUGAUAUGAUUGGAUUUGUGUGAACAUGUAAUAAAGAGCUGGUGGAAAGGGGAACUUCAUUAUAUUGAUCGAGUCCAUGUUCUGUGCAUAGAUGCCCUUGAACAGGAAGAAAUUUCAUUUCAACCAAAGAAGGUAAGAAAAAAGGGGCUUAACCCCUAAAACCCUUUUAAUUGUUUGUCUAUGACCAUUAACUUACAUACUUCACAUUAUUGCUGUAAUUAACCUAUGGUAGAUAAAAUCUUAUUAAAUAAGUUAUGUGAUCAUCACUAAUCUGUUACCUUAUUCUUGUCAAUGCAAUGUUGGCAUAAAUAUGGUUCACUUAAACUUAGGUAGGUGGAAAAAAUCCCACUCAAGAUGAAACUCGUGCUGUAAGUGAAAAUUUUUCCACCUCCAUGAGUCCAAGGAAAUCAUAUAUUCCA